AUGAAGAGAUUGCAACCUCCACCUGUGCGAUUUUUCACUGCAGUGAUUUACAUACAUAUGCUUCCUCGGCGGAAGGUAUUACGAUUGUUUCUUUUGAAUUGGAAGCUCUGCGAAGGAUGUAGAAAUAGCAGUUCUCCAUUCUCCUCCAAAGCUUUGACCGCUGUUUUAAAAGAGAAAUCCAAUUUUGUCGUGAAACCACAACGAAAAGGUUGGAAGUACAGCAAAGGAGGUGAAACAUGGCGAACUGCACUGAUAGCCGACCUAGAGAAAGAACUGAAAACUGAGCAUAAACGAUAUAGUGUUAUGCAAACACAUCGGGCUCAACAUGCACAACUCAUAAGAUAUGCUAUAUUGGAGGACCUUUCUUCCGUAAUAUCUGUCCUUCAUCAGCGAGUCAAAGAGAUUGUAAACAGAAAUAGAUUGAACCAAGAUGAUGACGAGUUCAUAUCAACUGGUAUGAUGGUCAUCCAACGUAGCGUAGAUCGUGUUCUGGAAGAUCAGGAGAAGUUGAAUUCUACUGAUAUACUCUCAGCUUUUUUCACAUACGCAAAUCUUUGGGAUCGCAUGCGAUUCUUUGGAAAUGACAUGAAGCUAGUUUCUCUACUUCUCUUUGAAACAUUCGAUAAAUGGUCACAACUGCGAACUGCUGAUGAAUCUUCUAACGAAAUCGAUAAGAUUUUGGUUGGCAUGGAAACGCGACUGAGGAAAUUGGUGCGGAAUAUUUCCAAUACUGACUCUCAUCUUUGGUUUUCUGCUACAGAUCGAGAUCGUCUAACACAACUGUUUAUAGAAUUAGGAGCAGACUUAAGCGGAAAGAAAUGUUUGUUGGGCGAUAAUACUUCGUAUGACGAGAAUACAAGACUCUUGGACCAUUUACGUAUCCCCCUGCCUAAGACGUCUUACCAUGGAAAUCAGUAUCAAUUAGAGGGCAUAACUAAGGAUAGCUACGUAGAGAGAUUUCCUGCUCAAAUUGCGCUGGAAAAAUCUCCUUGGCUCUAUGUGGAGAAUUACAUGGGAUUUGGAAAAGAGCCAUCUCGCACCUCGGCAGAAAGAUUGAUAGGCUCUUGGGAGUGGUAUGGCAAAAUUAAGGAAACUCUUGAGCGAUUCAUGGAGGAGAGAGUGCACAAUCCUUUGAGGACAGUCGCCGGCGUAUUAUCGAGUGCGGAAAUAGCUAAAAUGAUCUUGGAAUCCAUAAAAGCCAUAUGCUCUCAGGGUCAGAACUUAGUUCCGAUUACUGUUUUCCAAUAUGACUUAGUUGCACCGAUUUUGCGCAAGGCCCAUGCUAAAUUUGCGGAGAGGCUGGGAGUUGAUGAAACUGCGAUGUGGUCUCCAGUGUUUGCCGACUACGUUGCUUUGUUUGAUGAUGAAGAAAUUUCUCGUCUACACACGCAUCGUGAAUGGUGGAUAAAGUGCUGUAGGAGAGCAGGAAUUCGUCCUACACACCAAAUCCCUUUUGAAGAAUUUCACAGCGGAAACAGACAACAAAUCUCAACAUUUCUGACCCAGGUGAUUAUAGAAGCUUGCAAGUUCCCUGUGACAAACAAACAUGGAUCCACGCAGAUGGUAGACGCGUUUUCAGUACGCAAUGUAGCAAUUGAAGAAGAGUCUCGUAUAUCAGAAGAUGGACGUGUGAUGCUGUCGAAAAUGUUAGCGAUCAAUACGAGACUUAUCAAUUUGUUAGAUGAGCAUCCAUUCGAGUUUAUUGUCUUCCCGACACACCAACUUCCAAUGACGGUUCCACCGAGACCAUGGUGCGACGGAGGAUUAGGUGGUCCCGGAUAUACUCGUCAUACUCAGAUACUUAGGAAUCUGGCUGAGUACAAGGAAAUUGAUGUAAAUGCACAGUUGCAGAAGAGGCUGAAAUCACCCGUUCAGGCUCGCCCUGUUUUUGAUGCUUUAAACCAGCUUGGAUCUACUCCAUGGAAAAUAAACGAACCUAUGCUGGACGUGCUCUGUAAGGUGUUCGAGAUGUCUUCAGAUGCUUCUAAAACAGAACUGCUAGACACACUUUCAGUUCCUUUAAGGGCAGAUACGGUUGAAGUUCCAGAAUUUAAGGAUUUUUUCGGUGAAGAAGCGCAAGUGAAAGAAGUUGAUAAGGGUCGAUAUGUAGAAUAUAGUAAAAGGAAAGCGGAUGCCAUCAAGAAGAGGAACGAAUUAAACUCGCUGUGGUACUGGAUGAAGUAUCGCAUAGUGCUUGCAAGACAUUUUAGAGGACAGACACUAUUUUUUCCUCACAAUAUGGAUUUUCGAGGCCGCGUCUACCCUAUAUCACCAUAUCUUAGUCAUAUGGGCGACGACGUCAAUCGCUGCAUUUUGAAAUUUGCUAAAGGGCGGCCUCUAGGACAACGAGGAUUUCAUUGGCUCAAACUUCAUUGCAUAAAUUUAACUGGAAAGAUGAAGAGAAACAGCAUCGCGGAUCGCGUUACUGAGGCGGAUCGUCUUCUGGAUGAAAUGGUUGACUCAGCUAAUCAUCCUCUUGAUGGUCGCGGAUGGUGGCUAGAAUCUGAAGAGCCGUGGCAAACUUUAGCUGCAUGUAUGGAAGUGCGUGAUGCGCUGGCAUUUCCUGGAAGCAUCGAAAACUUUGUGAGUCAUUUAGCUAUACAUCAAGAUGGAAGCUGCAAUGGACUACAACACUAUGCUGCGCUAGGUCGAGACGAAGAGGGUGGCCGAGAAGUAAACCUUCUAAAAAGCUCAACACCGAACGAUGUCUACUCAUCAGUUGCGACAAGAGUUGAACAAAAAAGAUUGGAGGAUGAAAAAGGUGGGCCAAAUAUGGAAAUUGCACGACGAUUACGAGAAGCUAUGCCGCAGCCGGUUCCAAGGAAGGUUAUCAAACAAACGGUUAUGACUACGGUCUAUGGUGUGACCUUAUACGGGGCCGCUUUACAAAUAAAACGUCAACUCAAAGCUCUCGACAUUGAUAACGAUGACACAGCUAAAUUUGCACAAUAUCUUACGUUUAAGACGUUUGAUAGUCUACAUGAUGCGUUUACGUGUUCAAUGAAACUGAAGGACUGGUUCAGAGAUUGCGCUAAGGGUGUUUCUGAUCUGCUGCGCACCAUGGAAUGGGUGACUCCACUUGGACUCCCUGUGGUUCAACCAUAUGUCAUUGCAAAGGAGAAACAGGGUCGAGUUAUACACGUUCCCGUAUCUACGAAGCAGGUUGGCGCUUUCCCUCCCAACUUUGUUCAUUCACUAGAUUCCUGUCAUAUGAUGUUGACUUCGCUGGAAUGUUCUCGGAGGGGCAUCACGUUUGCGGCAGUACAUGACUGCUUUUGGACUCAUGCAAGCAAUGUUGACGAAAUGAGCCGUUUGUGUCGUGAACAGUUCGUUAGAUUACAUAAAGAACCUCUUGUACAACAAUGUUCUGACUGGUUUCACUCGCACUAUUUGACUGGGCCUCACAUAGAAUUAAUGCCACCAGAAGAUUUAGCGCACUUCAGAAAUUUAUUCACACUACAAGUAAAACCGGGCUCUUUAAAUAUUAAUGAUGUUAAGGAUUCUGUCUAUUUUUUCAGUUAG